AAUAAAUAAAAAGUCAUUUUUAUUCAGAUUUAUUUAUUGAGUUAUUAAUAAAUUUUAAAAAAAUAUGUUACGAAUUAUUAUUUUGAUAACCAGUUGCUUGGUAUAUGUAAGUGCUGAUGGUCAGCAUGGUGAACAAGAUAUACUAGUAUACGACUAUAUCAAGAGUGAUGUUAAAGCUAAAAUAUGUGACCCAGGUGUAUUUAAUGAUGAUCUGGCUGUUAAAUUGUCGAAAUGCGAUGAAGAGUACAGUAAGGUCAUAGCAAAAGUCAACGAAAAGUUUGAAAAUAUGACACUCGAGUGCGACACCAAGGACACUGCAUUUAUCACCAAGUUUAAAAAUUUAAAGAAGGAAGAUAAUCAAGUUCAUUUGUAUGGUGCGUGUAAGGAACUGGAUUUAUCAUGCAGGGACAAAUUCAAUCAAAAGGUGCAUGAAGAAUCUAUAAAGCAGAUUAAGUCGCUGAAUGAUUGCUAUUCGAAAAUGGCGAAAUGCGGUGAUGAGUACAAUAAGCUCUAUGAAAAAAAUCUGCGGAAAAUUAGCAGUAAAUUAAUUCAGCAGACACGUAGUAAGUUUGAAAAUAUGACACUCGAGUGCGAUAACAAGGACACUGCAUUUAUCACCAAGUUCAAAAAUUUGACUAAUGAAGAUAAUCAAGUUCAUUUGUAUGGCGCGUGUAAGGAACUGGAUUUAGCAUGUAGGGACAAUUACUGGCAAAAGGAUUGCUAUUCGAGA